UACCAAGUAGGAUAUGAGUCACUUUGUCAAAGGGAGAGAUGUAAAUGGGUCAAAAGCAGGUGAAGAAAACGUUCUGGGGCAGGAAGCUGGGAAGGGAGGGAAACUUCUGGUUGGGUAAACAUAGCCAGAGGGUCAGGGGUAUCUCACCACUACCAGCCCAUGAGCCGGGAUGCCUUCAACAUCUCUUUGACCCUAACAGCUGAGCUGAGUGCUUGGCACACGGUAGGCAUUUUGCAGGCGUGUGCUGAGAAGGGGAUGGGCUGGGGCUCGGGCUCAGUUUUAUUGGAGGUCCUCACACCAACUACAAGGGGCUGGCCGUGGUCAGCAGGCAAGCGCCUGCUCUGUAGAAUCUUGAAGCAGCCACUUGGUGGGGUGAGGGGGGUAGUAGGAGAAACUUAUUUAUUCUUCCCAUCUUAGAUACUGAGCAGAUGUUCCCACGUUCAGUGAGGAUGUUAACAAGAAGGACCAGUGUGGGCUACAGCAGGAUGGAUUUAAGUCAGACCACAGGAAGGACUUUUGCCAGAGUUUGGCCUGCCUCACUCCAGACUGUCUCAUGAGGGCUGGAUGACUGGUCUCCCAUUCCCAUCCAACCCCCCUCUUCCCAAGCCCCAGUAAAAAACAAACAAACACCCAUUGCAUAGGGCGAUACUCUGGGCUGAACUGGGGAAGCAGAAUGGUGGUGAGACAGGGACGAGCUCCAACUCCAACGUCUUGAAUCUCCAAACAAAGCACCGCAGCAGUGGGUGUAACUCCGGGCUGUGCGUCAGGCGGCCCUUUCCGGCCUGGCCCAACCCGGGGUGUUUAUUUUGUUUGUUCCUGGAAGCUGUUGCCCUGAUGGACAGUGCUGGGGACGCUGAUUCCAUGGGAUUUCUCAGUGUCUGGUCAGCCCUCUCACCCCUCCCCCGGGACAGAUGGGCCCCAUCAGCCCUGCUGAGUUCCAGAAGAGGCAUCAGCCCUCCUUGUGUUUGUUUGAGUUGGUAUCACCCGUGGUGAUCCAGUCUAUGCGUGAGGGCGGAGUGUGUGAACUGGGGGAGGGGGCUCAUAGAGCCCAGGGCAGCCCAGCUUUUCCCCUUUACCCAUUGACCACCCACCCUUCUCCUCACCCACUUCUAGGCCCAUUUGGGGGGCUUUCCCAAACCACAGGCUCAUUCACAGCCCACACCAAAAUCUUUUCUGUUGUAGCAGUAGAAAAGCAGGCCCCCCACCUGUUCAGAAAAGGGGAGAGAAGGCGUCCCUUGAUGUGUUAGGACAGGAGAAUGAUGAAUUCCCAGCAAAUCAAGGAAGGUGUUGGAGAGAUAGAAAGGGAGUGAGGAGUGGGUGAGUGGGUGAGAUCUCAUUUGGUGGUCUUAUGAGGAGAAAAAGUGAUGAUACACUCUGGUCUUCUCUCUGGGCUGGUGGUGGAGUCCGGGCUAAGAGUGUUUGAAUGAAAAGAUUGCCGGGAGAAAUCUGAGAAUGACUCUACCAACCCACCUAUCUUUUAGUAGCCAAAUGAUCUUCUUAUAGUAGUUCAUAUUGGGCAAAUUGGGGACUGGAAUAUGGGGAGUGUCACCCUUUUGCUUUACCUUAGCCUUUGGCUUCCCACAGCAACAGCCCUCUGCCCAUGCAGGACACCCUGCCCUAUAAGUUGGGGAAGAGGAUUUUGAAAGAAUCAAGACUCAGAAGCUACAAAAGGCCAUUGGCCUGGAAAUAAAGAGUACAUCGGGGCACUGGGGGCCCGAGUGAUCUGUGACAAUAUCCCUGGUCUGGUGAGCCGGCAGCGGCAGCUGUGCCAGCGUUACCCAGACAUCAUGCGCUCGGUGGGCGAGGGUGCCCGAGAAUGGAUCCGAGAGUGUCAGCACCAGUUCCGCCACCACCGCUGGAACUGCACCACCCUGGACCGGGACCACACUGUCUUUGGCCGUGUCAUGCUCAGAAGCAGCCGGGAGGCAGCGUUUGUAUAUGCCAUCUCGUCAGCAGGGGUAGUUCACGCCAUCACCCGCGCCUGUAGCCAGGGGGAACUGAGUGUGUGCAGCUGUGACCCCUAUACCCGUGGCCGACACCAUGACCAACGUGGGGACUUUGACUGGGGUGGCUGCAGUGACAACAUACACUAUGGCGUUCGCUUUGCCAAGGCCUUCGUAGAUGCCAAGGAGAAGCGGCUCAAGGAUGCCCGGGCCCUCAUGAACUUACAUAACAACCGCUGUGGUCGCACGGCUGUACGGCGGUUUCUGAAGCUGGAGUGUAAGUGCCACGGCGUGAGUGGCUCCUGUACUCUGCGCACCUGCUGGCGCGCGCUCUCAGACUUCCGCCGCACAGGAGAUUACCUACGGCGGCGCUAUGAUGGGGCUGUGCAGGUGACAGCAACCCAGGAUGGCGCCAACUUCACAGCAGCCCGCCAAGGCUAUCGCCGUGCCACCCGGACCGACCUUGUCUACUUUGACAACUCCCCAGACUACUGUGUCUUGGACAAGGCUGCAGGUUCCCUAGGCACUGCAGGCCGUGUCUGCAGCAAAACAUCUAAAGGGACAGACGGCUGUGAAAUCAUGUGCUGUGGCCGAGGGUAUGACACAACUCGAGUCACCCGUGUCACCCAGUGUGAGUGCAAAUUCCACUGGUGCUGCGCCGUGCGGUGCAAGGAGUGCAGAAACACUGUGGACGUCCACACCUGCAAGGCCCCCAAGAAGGCAGAGUGGCUGGACCAGACCUGAACAUGCCAAUACCUCACUCAUCCCUCCACUUCAAACCUCCUGACUCAAAAGCACAAGAUCUUUGCAUGCACACCUUCCACCACCCUCAACCCUGGGCUGCUACAGCUUCUAUUUAAGGACUUGGAGAGUGAUCCAGAGGGACUCUGGUUUCCUGGCUGGUUCCUUAGCCCUUGGAAGGAGUUGACAGGGGACGUAAGAAACUGAGCAGCUCCGACUCCCUGCUCUGGAGGCUAGAAGGGAGAGUGGAAGAGGUGUAGGUGUGAUAUGAGUUGCACUAAAGCAUGUGGUCGAGGCUCGUGUCUUCUUUCCCCUGCACUGGCCUACUGACACUUCUGUGUGUACAAGAGGAAAGGUACCCGGAGAGCGCUUCCUUUCGCUCCUACCUGGCUGAGGGUAGAUAGGACAGAGAUGAAACCACUUAUCUCUUCCCUAGAUCAGUUUGAGCAGACUGUCUGGUACCCUCCAAAAACCUCUUAGGCUACAACAUUCUUUCAUUAUUGAGAGUUAGAUGAGAGUUAGCCACAAUGGACAAGGUUCCAUUCAUAUGCUCACGUGUUUCUAAACUGCUGUGUUUUGUAAGGGAAAAUAUUACAUAACUAUACAAACAUCCAUUCUCUUCCCAUCUCUCUCUCCUUUUCAGCCUACAUCAGACAGCACUACUCCCUGGGCUCACUUGCUGCCUGUUUAAAUGAGUGGCAGGCAGUGAUAGCCAUGCCUAACAGAUCAUCAGAAUACCCUGGAACAUCCUGAGAAAGAGUGAUUUAGUAA